AAAAGUCACUGCCUCCAAGGCUGGGGCCCCUCUAAACUUUUCCUCUUCCACAGUUGCGACCACACCAGUUGGAAUUGAAUCUGUGUCCCUCACCCUACCCCCAGCCCCACGCCAGCUGAGCACUUUCCAAGCACCCUCAGGAUUUGCUUUACGUCCCACUCAAGUCUUGGUGUUCAGUGGGUCAGGAAUCGAUGGGCACAUGAGAUUGCCAAGUGGGUGAGCCCUCUGUCGAAAUCUAAGGACUCACACAUGCUAACAUUGCUCCAUCCCAGGCUUACUCUGGCCUUGAAUCAGCCAGACCAUGAGGUCUGUGUAACAUUUUCAACCUCAGGAACCCCCAUUAGAUCUGGGUUUGGAGAAGUUACCGGCAGCUGGCUCUGGGGAAAGAAAGGGAGGUUUGUGCAAGGCAUUUCCCAAGUGCCCACCGCCUUGUGUCACAGUCCUGACCUGGCCAUUGCUAAGCCCCAGGUACCCUGCCCACUGCUUGCUAUAAAGAUCAAUGAGCCCUCAGGCCACUAGGCUGACUGGCUCCAGGUGCUUCCUCUCUCAUCAUGGCGCUGCCCUGGGCCCUUGCUGUCCUGAGUCUCCUCCCUCUGCUGGAUGCCCAAGACCUAGAGUGUGCCAACACGAAGCCAGUGCCUAUCACUAAUGCCACCCUGGAGCGGCUCUCUGGCAAAUGGUUCUACAUCGCCUCAGUCUUUCGCCAUCCCAAGUACUAUCAGUCAGCCAAAGAGAUCCAGGCGGCCUUCUUUUACUUAACCCCCAACAUAAUGGAGAACGUGAUACUACUCAGAGAGUACACCACCAUGGAUGACCAGUGCAUCUAUAACUCCAGCUACUUGGGGGUCCAGCGGGAGAAUGGAACCCUCUCCAAAUAUGAAGGGGGCACACAACAUUUUGCCUACCUGUUGUUCACCAAGGACCCCAAAACCUACAUGUUUUCCUUCUACCCGGAAGAUGAGCUGAACCGGGGACUGGUUUUCUAUGCUGACAAGCAGGAGGUCACCCAGGAACAACUGAGAGAGUUCUAUGAAGCCCUCAAGUGCAUGGGUCUCCAGGGGAUGGAAAUCCUGUACACCGAUGGCAAAAAGGACCUGUGUGGACCCUUGGAGAAGCAGCAUGAGGAGGAGAGGAAGAAGGAAAACAAGAGUUCUCAGGUGGACACAUAGUUGGGCUAGGAACUGGGGAACUUUUGGGACCCAUCCUCCUCGUCCUGCCAGUCCUUGUAUCUGUUGAAUUGCAGUUAUGUCAAUAAAGCUUCUGUAUAUUUGGA